AUGUCAGGUGUUUUGGAAAUUUGCUUUAACGGGACUGGAAGUCCGGCGUCCCCAAGUGCCACUGCGGCUCAAGAACUUUGCAACGCCAACUUGUACGACCCCUACGACAAGCACUUUGAGGAGCUUCUUUACAGAUGCCUUGCAAACGCCCCUCUGGAGGCGCUAGAGCAAAUCGAUCUGGUUAGAUUCGUUUACCCAAAAUCUGUUUGCAAAGUACAUGGGCAAGACGGAGCGAUCACAGCCGAACAAUGGUUUUGGUUUGAAGUCGUGGUCAACUCAAUGACCGACCUUGUGUUUCAUGUUCCCAUAGUCACCGAAGUCGAAAAACUGAGAAGUGCUAGGGUGCCUCCUUCGCUUUUUGUUUACACCUAUAACGCGACUUUGGCGGCCCCAUCUUGGAAUCAAAAUCAGCAUGAGCUUCCGUGGCUCUUUGGAGAUUUGAAUAAAAUCGGAAGGGAAUCUCCGGGCUACCAAAAAGUUUUGCUCUUUUUUUCUAAAAACGGGCAACUCGGGAACUUUGGAACGACCGGACCCAAAAGGGAGUUUGACUGCGGCAAAACGAGCGUGGACCCAACUUUUUGGAACUUUGGCCCAAGAAAUCUUAAGAUUCAUCAAGGAGUGGAUUCAAAAGAUUCAAGCUACCCCUAUUUUGUUCGCGUGGAACAUGUGGAUGAG